AUGAACAUCACUCCGGCACUUUCACAGGUCUUAUUAGCGCCCACAUCGGCGAGUGGUCCCGGAGCUGUCAUAUCGGCUGCUGCUGCCGCGGCCACCAGAGCAGGCACGGCGAACGACAACGUGACGAGCGAAGAAAUAAAUUCCUUUUAUUUUUACGAGACUGAACAAUUUGCAGUAUUAUGGGCACUUUUCACCGUCAUUGUCCUCGGAAACUCAGCCGUUUUAGUUACGAUGCUACUCAACAAAAACCGAAAGUCACGAAUGAACUUUUUCAUCAAACAGUUGGCCAUAGCAGAUCUUUGCGUAGGCCUGUUGAGUGUACUGACGGACAUCAUUUGGCGUAUGACAGUGUCUUGGAGAGCCGGAAACGUUGCUUGCAAAACUAUUCGUUUUGCCCAAGCUGGCGUGACCUACGCUUCCACUUAUGUCCUGGUGGCUCUCAGCAUCGACCGAUACGAUGCCAUCACACAUCCGAUGAACUUCUCUGGGUGCUGGAAUCGUGCCCGCCGGUUAGUCGCUGCAGCAUGGAGUCUGAGUGCUCUUUUCUCGCUUCCAAUCUUCUAUCUCUACGAGGAACGGUCUAUACAGGGUCGCAAGCAGUGUUGGAUUGAUUUGGGGGAACCAUGGCGGUGGCAGGUGUACAUGUGCUGGGUGGCCAGCUCGCUCUUUGUCCUGCCAGCUCUGAUCAUUUCAGCAUGUUAUGCAAUCAUCGUAAAGACAAUUUGGGCCAAGGGAGCCAUCAUGGGGCCAAGCGAUCGAACGCGAAACGGAAUGGCUGAUUUGGCCAGCAGACGAGCCAGCUCUCGAGGAAUCAUUCCAAAGGCGAAAGUGAAAACCGUCAAAAUGACCAUUGUGAUAGUGAUAGUAUUCGUGCUAUGCUGGUCGCCGUACAUAGUUUUUGAUCUGUUGCAAGUUUUUGGACAGAUUCCGGAGACACAGACUAACAUUGCGAUAGCAACCUUUAUCCAAAGCUUGGCCCCGUUAAAUUCGGCAGCCAAUCCUCUUAUUUAUUGCCUGUUUUCGACACAGGUGUGCCGAAUGAUAAAACGACUACCCCCAUUUAGCUGGCUGCUCGCAUCAAAAUGGUGUUGCAAUGGUGCUGACGGGGGAUCUAGGCGAGCAAUGAGAAAUGGAGGCAUCCUCAAUGGUGGUCCGAGACUGCAAAACAACAACAGCAGCGAUUCGAUGAGAACAUUAACUACAUCGUUGACAGUAUCCCAGCGGUCCUGCAUUCGUCCGUCCCGGGUGGUCAUUGUAGAGCGACCGAAGGUGAUCCUGGCUAUGUCCGAAGUUUGA